ACUUUCUCAAAAAGAAAAUUCAAGUUUAUAGUUAAGGACAUAUUAAACAAUAGUAUUCAUUGAUUUGCGUUGAGAAUGGUAUUAAGUAUUUGGUGGUUCUUGUUUGGAUUAUCGUACGUGACAAUUGGAAACUCAAUACAGUUGGUGGCAUAUAUUUCAUCUGGUGGACUACAUGGAGAAAUUAGGUUUGAACCUACCAAUAAUGGAAUUCGAAUAUGCUUAGCACUUAAACCAACCCUUCAAUACCCAGAUCAACACUGGUUAUGGUUUAUUAAAGAGUUUCCAGUGGAUUACACCACAUUAGAAAAUCGUUGUGAUAACAAAUAUCUUGGAAAGAGCAUCAUUGAUUUAACAAAAUUAGUUGGUCCGUUAGAAUUUCCUGGUAAUGAGACUACAUCAAUUGAAAUGACCAAACUAAAUUUAGCAAGUGAAAAAGACCUUUGGGGAAAGGGGCUUUUAUUAAAAGAUACCUAUAGUGAACGUAUUACUUGUGCUUCAAUUACGGUAUUGGAUAAAAAUAUUGAGCAAGUGGCGGAAGCGCGGUUUCAUGGUUCCAUUGUAGGAUCUGUUUGGUUACGUUGGAUUGGCAUUGAAAGUGCUAAAUAUACUAUGGAUACGAUCAUUUAUACAUAUUUGCUAUACUUAAAUGAUAAAAAAUCUCAAGAUGCCUAUCUGACCGAACAUCGGUGGAAAAUUUAUGCUACAGAUAUAUUUGAUAGUGGGAAAGAACGAAUAUCAUGCAACAGUUUGCAAACUGUGUUUGAUCCAGACAAUGCCGGUUUCGGAAAGUCUAUCGGUGAUAUUGAUACACGCCUUGGUAAACUAAAUAUAUCCUCACGUAGUAGUAUGAUUUUCCGAAGCUCUUACCGCGAUCCUGAGCUUGUAUUGCGAUCAGUAGAUUUAGAAUCAUCCCGCAUUCUUUAUUUGGUUAUCUUUCACCCAACCCAUGAGGAUCUGUUCUUAGCAUGCGCCAAAAUUAAGUUGCGAAAAUCAAUUAUAGUAAAGUCGAUUGUGAAUUUUCGAGGUAUCAAAGGUGAUGUAUCUCUUGUUCAAGAAAAUCCGUUCAAUCCUACGUGGGUAAAUAUAUCAUUAAUGCCUAUUAAUGAUCUAGAAACAAGACUACGAUACGAAACGAAAGUUGCUUCUUACCGAAUUCAUGAAUUACCUAUAGAACCUGAUAAGUUAAUACAAGAAACUAUUGAUCCAUGUUUAACAACCAAAAACGUCUACGACCCCUUAAAAAUCUAUGAUAAAGAAAUUCCUCCAGCUGGAUAUGGUACUCAAGACCAAUAUGCUGUUGGUGAUUUAUCAGGAAAACUUCAAGGUCAUAAAGAAGGAUCACAUCAUUUUGAUAUUCUUCCGAGUAGUGCAAAACUUAGUGGAAUAUAUUGGGAUACAUAUCUUCCUUUAUCAGGAAUAAACAGUGUUGUUCAUAGAUCUCUAGUUGUAUACAAAUAUAACGAAAUUAAUGACAAAAUAAGCAUCAUUCCAUGGGUUUGUGGAACAUUUGCUGUACAAUUACCAGAAAAUGCAGGUCAAAUGCCAAUGAAUACAGCUGAAGUGAUAUUUCGUUAUCCUAUCGUUGGUAAAAUUAUUUUUCGACAACCAAGAAAUGAACCAGAAAUGGAUACUACAAUAAUUAUAGAAAAUUUGAUACAUACUGAUGGUAGUAUAUUAAAUGAUUCUUUUGAUCACCGCUGGAUGAUUCAUGAUAAUCCACCUGGAAGAGAUUAUUAUAAUUGGACAGCAAGAUGUAUGAGCACAGGUGCACCCUUUAAUCCCUACAAGGUUCAAUGGGAUUCUAAUCAUAUCCAUCAAUGUUCGGUAAGUGAUAUGACUCUUUGUCGCAUAGGCGACUUUUUUAGACACGGUACAAUUAAUAUAGCUGGACGAAAAAUCAACGGAUUGAGAUUGACUAGAAAACUCUUUUCUGAUCCUUUAAUCAAACUUUCGGGAUCAAUGAGUAUUAUAGGUAAAAGUCUAGUUAUUUAUGAUGAUCGUGAGUCUAAUGUUAGAGGAGAACGUCUAGCAUGUUCUAUAAUAACCAGAAUGCAUAGACAAAAAGCUGUGGCUAAAGAUUGGUUUAGCAAUGAAGAAAAUAUAACUAUAAAUGGAAAUUUGAAAUUUAUCCAAGAAAGCCCAUACGAUAUAACCAAUAUUAAAAUUAAUCUUGAAGACUUAAAUAUUAAUAUGGGUGGAUUUCAUAUUCAUAUGACUCCAGUCGAAAUAGAUUUAGAGUUCCCAUGUGAGAGCACUUCACUUUACGGCCAAUGGAACCCCCUUAAUGUAAAUGCAAGUAUGACUCCGCCACCAGCAACAGGUACUAGUGAUCAGUAUGCAAUGGGUGAUCUCAGUGGAAAGUUUGGUAUCUUGAAUAUACAUCAGAGGUUCAUAGCUAGUUUCAAGGAUACCCAACUACCUCUUUUUGGGUUAUGGAGCAUACUGGGACGAAGCGUCGUUAUAUAUAAGAAAGAAAAAAAUACCAGAUUGACUUGUACAACUAUUGAACGAGAAUAUGCUCCUUUAGAAGCUAAGGAAUUAAAAGCUAUCGCCUCUUUCCAUCAUCCUUAUGGUUUUGCAUAUGGAUACAUUAGAAUGAAACAGCUAAUUUAUAAUGACGGCAGUCAAAGUGAUACUAUUAUUGAAGUUAAUUUACGACAUCCUGGUAAAUAUAAUCGCAAUGUUACAAGAAAUCACAAUUGGGCUAUAUAUAUUAAUCCUAUAGGUAUCGACGCUUCAAUAAAAACCAAAGAUACGCGAUGUAUAGCAGGAGGAUACAGAUGGAAUCCUUAUUUCACACAAUUAUCUGAUCCUUUAAAUCAGAAUCUAUAUAUGCAAGAAUGUGGACCAGAUAUUCCAUUACGCUGUGAUGUAGGUGACAUAUCAGCGCGUUUAGGACCAAUCGAUAUCGGUUUGGAGAGAAAAGUAUUUGUAGAUCAGAACUUUCCUCUUGGAGGUUCAAUUACAGCUGUAGGAAAAUCAAUAAUCAUUUUGGAUAGUAACUUUAGCAGUAAUAAAUUUGCUUGUGCUAAUAUUGAACUAGAUAAUGACAUAGUUAAAUAUGCUAUUAUAAGUAAAUCAUCACGAUUUGUGGCAGCACAAUUUUUAGAAGAGAUAAGACAAAUAAUGGGAGUUCCAGAAUGGAUGUUAUCUAUUGAUAGUAGAAAAACGAAAAUUUUACACAAUAGCAGCUGCAUUCAAUUUUUAAUGCAUUUUAAAGGUCCAAUUGCUAAUAAACUAGAGCAAGAUUUUAGCAAAUUGAUGUAUACUGGUAAGCUUGAAGCACCAAGUUUAACUACACCUGGUUAUGUACAAUUUAAGCAUAAAAAUAUCGUAGGAUAUCGUCAUUGUGGAAUUCGUAAUUUAAUUGAAAAAAGUGCAGAUAUUUUGACAAUUUGUGUAUUCUAA